AUGCAGAAAUCAAGACUGUUUUCUACUCUAGAGCCAUCCUCAAAUCAGAAUAACAAUCAGCAUAUUGUCUCUCUUUACAAUAAAUUAAAAUCAAUAAAAAUCCCAAAUUAUCCAUUGCAAGAAUCUCGCCUCCAUUCAAUAGCUUCUCAGACACUUAGGUUUGUCCACUCAUUUCCAGUUUAUAUAGAAAGGUUAUUACUUUUUUCAGAACAUAUCACAAAUAUAGGCUUAACCUUUGAAAAUAAUCCUGAAGACGGCUAUAAAAUUUUGGAUUAUUUCACAAAGCACUUUAUUGAUUGUUUUUGCUCUCAAAUUUGCCAAACUCUUGUUUGCGAAGAUAUAGGGCUAUCCCCGUUAAUACAAGACCAGAAUAUUCCUAUAUCAGACUUACUGAGAAAAGCAAUGAUGCAGAAAUUAGCAAGGCUAAUAUGAAAAGAAAUAAAUACAGUCAAUUUAGAGCAAGCGGCUAUAAAACUCUUACUCCCCCCUCUCCGUGAGCGAACAAAACAAUUUUUUUUCGAUAUUUUAAUUCGCAAAAAUUGAAAGCAAUAUGUUAAUUUAAUUUAUAUAAAAUUUAUGUUUUAAAGCACAAUUUCUUUAAAAUUAAAUAGAACUAGUUAUAGAUUUCAUUAUACUAAUUAUCAUUUAUAUAUAAUUUUUUUUUCAUAAAAAAAUUUUUGUUCGUUAUGGAGGGUGAGUUUUUGGGCAAAAAAAUGGGGAAUUUUCUAAUGGUUUUAUUCGCUCACGGGGGGAGUUAGGUUAUCUUGAAAUUUAUGGUUUUUUUAAAACUGGAUAUCUAAAAGAAUUAGUGACUUAUAUUUUAUCAGAUAAUUCUGACCAUCCAGAAGCAUGCAUUCCAGGACUUGAAGAUUUUUGCUUUAUAUUUUUUGGAGAAUAUCAGUCUUUUAAUGCCUAUAGAAUUUUGAAUUCAGUAUAUAGUCUAAUUGAAAGUAUGAAGUAUAGAAUAGAAAAAAAUAGUGAUUUUAAACCUAAUUUGGCAUUAACAGUUAUGGCUGCUCCUAAUGAAUUGAUAUUUUUACAAGUAGGGCAGCAGAUAAUUAUUGCUAAUAAUAAAGACAAGACCAAGAGGGUAACUGCAUUUGGGAAAUAUAUAGAUGGUGAAAAUAUAAAUAAAGUAAAUUUCGACCCUAUAUGGUCAUAUUUCAGCCAAAUUCAUAUGUGUAUUGUAAAUUUGGAUGAUGGAUUUUAUUGUGUUGAUACUUCUUAUAGUGAUUAGAUUAAGUUAGAAAUAAAUGUCCGAGAAAUCCAGCUCGACCGACCUAGAGCAUGCUUAAAUUAAGUUAGUUAUUUCUCCCAGGUGAGGUUUUUGCUCUACAGACCUUGAGCUUUUCCUUUAGCCGAGCCCUACCAUCGGGUGAACGGGGCUCCUGGGAUAGGAUGGCUGGUGAGAUAGACCGACAUCAAGGCAUGUGGGACGAAGACUGGGCAGCAUAGGCUGCACGAUCUCUGCGCAAUUCAGAGUUGGCAGAGAGGUGAAUCGUCUAAGGCAAGAUGGAAGCAAGUCCACAGCUCAUCGGACUCCGAUGGAGGAGACCCAAGUUAAUAGGGUUAAUCGCAUCGAAAAUGGGUGUUCUGGCCAAGACAACAGGCGCGAGAUGAGGAGAUAAACUGCCUUGUCGUCACUUGCGGUGGGUAAUUAAGGCCAUAAGGCCUAGGCGGUGAGCUUUGGCUCCGCCAUAAAAUGGUCUUACGACCUCUAAUAGUGACAAAAACGAAUUUUAUAGAUCAAUUGUCUGGAAAAGACUCAGUCCAAAUCAUCCAAUAGCUCUUCAGCCAGGAAUGAUCAUCAGGCUAGGUAAAAUUCAAUCAAGUCAAAUUUUUGAGGUCAUUUAUAUUAAUAAAAGUGAAAUUACAAUCCGUUGGAAUAAAGGAGAGCUCCACGGAUUGGAAACAAAGAUACGCUUAACUGAAAGAAAUUUUAUAAUAGGAAGAUCUGUAGAAAGGGAUGACAUUAUACUAAAUAAUGAUGAAAUAAGUCGAAAACACGCUCAAUUUGAAUGAAUUGGUGGAAAGAUAUAUCUAAAAGACCUUGAAUCAAGAAACUUUACUUACUUUGGGCUAAAGCGGAGAAGUCAAAUAGACCACCAAGAAUUUUCUGCAUUUGAAAAAAUCAAUAAUGAUGACAUUUUCUCAAUAAAUGACUAUAAAUUUCAUGCCCAAUUCCAAGAUUAA